CGUCUUGACUUUAGUCGAUCAGCACCAGUGGAGCCGCGAAGACGCGCAUCGCUUAGCGAAAGGAAAGCCACGCCGGAAAGAUCAGUGUGCGUGUGUGUGACCAGCAUCAAGCAAGAUCCUAAACACUUUCUCUUGCCGCUAAUCUCGAUCGUGUCAGGAGGUUCGAGUUCGAUCAGUUUUUCGUUCCACAUCAUCAGCAGCAACAGUCCAAAUCAUGACCCAGCAGGGGCCCGCAUUCGACUCCAAUUGCAUGACGCUGACGCGCUUCGUGCUGCAGGAGCAGAAAAAGUACAAACAAGCUACCGGCGAUCUGUCCCAGCUGCUUAACUGUAUCCAGACGGCCAUCAAGGCGAUAAGUUCCGCCGUGCGAAAGGCUGGCAUCGCCAAGCUGCAAGGAAUCUCCGGUGAUACAAACGUUCAGGGUGAACAGGUGAAGAAGCUUGAUGUGCUGUCGAAUGAAAUCUUCAUCAACAUGCUGCGAUCAUCGUACACCACCUGCCUGCUCGUGUCGGAGGAGAACGAUAACGUGAUCGAGAUCGAGACGGACAAGCGGGGCAAGUAUGUUGUGUCGUUCGAUCCACUCGACGGCUCGUCCAACAUCGACUGCCUGGUGUCGAUCGGUUCCAUCUUUUCCAUUACCAAGCAAGUGAAUGAAGCAGCGGAACCUUCGCUGGCGGAUGCUCUGCAGCCGGGUAACAAGAUCGUCGCCGCCGGGUACGCCCUGUACGGAUCGGCCACGAUGAUUGUGAUCAGCUUGGGGCAGGGAGUACACGGCUUCAUGUACGACCCAUCCAUCGGUGAGUUCGUGCUGACCGACUACAACAUGCGCAUUCCGGAGCGGGGCAACAUUUAUUCCAUCAACGAGGGCUACGCGUCCACCUGGGACUCGUCGGUGCUCGAGUACGUGCAGGCAAAGAAAGACCCGACCAAGGGCAAGCCGUACGGUGCCCGGUACGUCGGUAGUAUGGUGGCCGAUGUGCACCGUACGAUCAAGUACGGCGGUAUUUUCAUCUAUCCGGCUACGGCGGCGUCCAAGAACGGCAAGCUGCGCCUACUGUACGAGUGCAACCCGAUGGCGUACCUGGUGACGCAGGCCGGCGGAAAGGCGUAUGCGGGCAAGGACAAACAGAUAUUGGACGUGGUGCCAACGUCCAUCCACCAGCGCUGCCCCAUCUACCUCGGAUCGAAGUUGGACGUUGAGGAGGCGCUUAGCUACAUUAAGUAGGCUCGCCAUUUGAAAGCUUGAAAGACGAUUCUUUUUUCCAUUCAAAAGUUGUGUUUGUUCUGUUUUGAUGACAAAUGUGACACCCAAGGUGCAAUAUAAUUUCAAUUAACUUAUAGAAACGGGUGUGAUAUUU